AUGCCUGUCAACCCAUUAUCCAAAAUGUCUUUCUUCAAACGAAAGAAAGCGCAAGAGGAAUCGAUUCUCCCCACCGUCCGCGAGCCGACUGCCUCUCUCGAAGUACCACACAGUAUGGAUGAGAAGCGGAAAGACAGCGCGUUCAUCAAUGCGCCUACAAAGCCAACACCCACACGCAACCCCUCAACCCGCAUCCAAGAGCCCAUUCGCACACCCUCGCAAAUGAAACGAAACCCAUCAACCAUUGACCGAACCAAAUCCACCGCCUCUAAGAAAUCGGUACCUGAACGACCGGGCCUCCAGCGCCGCCGUACAACCGCGCAAACCCGCUACAUCGACAUGCUCCUCGGCCUGGAUAACGUAUCCAAACUACACAACAUCCUCGCCUCGUUCUUCACGUGGGUUCUGCUCGCGGGAUACAUCGUCUUCCCCGCGACCUUCAACAAACUCAACGAUAAAGAUCUCGACGAGAAAGCCAACAACGCAUUGAAAGCGCAUGCACUAGCCACGGUGCGAAACGUGCCGCUGCUGUACGUCGCGGCGUUUGCAUGCGGCGUCGGCGUCCUCGGAUGCGUUUGGCUGUGGUGGAAGCACAAGAAGAACUACGUCUGGGUCAUCAAUAGGAUUUUUCUGCCGAGCUUGAUGAAUAGUAUUGCGGGGCUGAUAUCGACGCUUGUGAAUGUUUACUCUGCGCAGAGUGGUGAGUUCUCCAUCAUCUCCUACUUAGCUCUAUGUGCAUGA